AUGCCAAAAAACAAAGAAAAACGUGGUAAAAAUGAAAAUGAUGAUGUGAAACGUAAAUUAAUACUUAAAGAUGAUAGACAAUCUUAUGCACAAGUAACAUGUAUUUUGGGAGAUGUUAUUCUUGUUGGACUUCAAGAUUAUCAAGAUGAUAAAGCAGAUGUUAUUCUGAAAUAUCAUGUUGAUGAAGCUCGUAAAUUGAAACGUUUGCGUGAUAUUCCAGCUAAUAUUAAUAGUUCUCCUCUACUAAAAGAUAUUAAUGAUGAAUUGGACCAAGUCAUUACUUUUGACGAUAGAUAUAAUGGUGAAGCAUCAAACAAUGAUCAGAAAGGAUUACCGUAUAACAUAGGAAACGAACUAGCUGGUAAUAGUAGUCUCUCUGAAGAAGAAUCACACGAUGAUGAAGAUGAUAGUAUCAAUUUUUUCUAA